AUGCCUGCCGGUCCAGACGAAACUUACCACCAUAAAGCGGGUGAAGCAACUGAGCACGUCAUGAAGAACUCAUCCUCAAAGACCGAUAACAAUGCCAGCGAUCACCCUCUUCACAAUCAAGGCGAAGUGAAGGGAGAGAAGGUUCAAUUCCGUCAUCACGAGGCAAACCCAGGUCCUGUUAUCCCCAACAGCAUGCCAGAGCAAGAGGGAUCAAAGGCGGAUCGUGAAGCAAAGACUGCUGCUUUGAACAAGUAA